GGCGGGGCGGGGGCUGUCGCCGCGCUGUCCGUGCGGCACCGGGGGCAGCCGCGGGUCCCGGCCGGGCAGCGGGCGGCUCCCGCUGGGCAGGGCCCGGCCUCGGCCCCAAAACAUCCGUCAGGGCCGGCUCGGCGCUGCCUCGCCCCUUGCUGCCCGUGUCCUGCCCGUGUCCCACUCGUGUCGUGUCUGCCAUGGGUACCCUUCCUGUCCUGGGUCUCCUCCCUGCCGUGGGUUCCCUCCCUACCAUGUGUCCCCUUCCUGCCUGCCGUGGGUUCUCUACUUGCAUGCCAUCCCACCAUGGGUCCCCUGCCUGUCACGAGUCCCCUGCCUACCAUGGGUCUCCUGCGUCCCUGCCAUCCCACCGCAUGUCCCCUCCCUGCCGUGUGUCCCCUGCCUGCAGCUGCCCCCCUACCCACGGUGCUCCCCCCCCCCUCCACUGACUGUGGGUCCCCUCCCGCAGGAGAUGGAGCUGGAGCCGCGGGGAAACGGCCUGGAGUAAGUGGGGGGCAGGCAGGGGAGGAGGGGACAGGCAGGGGGUCCAUCCCUGCUCACCCCUCUCCCCCCAGGCCAGUGGGACACUACGAAGAGAUUGAGAUCUCGGAGAGCAGUGUCAACAACGGCCCCGAGCACAUCGGCCCCCACUGCUUCGAGCUGCUCCGUGUCCUGGGCAAGGGGGGCUAUGGCAAGGUGUUCCAGGUCCGCAAAGUCCAGGGCACCAACACGGGAAAGAUCUUUGCCAUGAAGGUCCUGAAGAAGGCCAAGAUCGCCUGCAAUGCCAAGGACACGGCACACACGCGGGCAGAGAGGAACAUCCUGGAGGCCGUCAAGCACCCCUUCAUCGUCGACCUCAUCUACGCCUUCCAGACAGGCGGCAAGCUCUACCUCAUCCUGGAGUGCCUCAGUGGUGGAGAGCUCUUCAUGCAGCUGGAGCGGGAGGGAAUCUUCCUGGAGGACACUGCCUGUUUCUACCUGAGCGAGAUCACGCUGGCUCUGGGUCACCUGCACUCCCACGGGAUCAUCUACCGGGAUCUCAAGCCAGAGAACAUCAUGCUCAACAGCCAAGGUCACAUCAAGCUCACAGAUUUUGGGCUGUGCAAGGAGUCGAUCCAUGACGGAGCUGUCACCCACACCUUCUGCGGCACCAUUGAGUACAUGGCCCCCGAGAUCCUGGUGAGGAGCGGGCACAACCGGGCGGUGGACUGGUGGAGCCUGGGAGCUCUGAUGUACGACAUGCUCACCGGAUCGCCCCCGUUCACCGCCGAGAACCGCAAGAAGACCAUCGACAAGAUCCUCAAGGGCAAACUGGUGCUGCCGCCCUACCUGACCCCCGACGCCCGCGACCUCCUCAAGAAGUUCCUCAAGCGAAACCCCAACCAGCGGGUUGGGGGGGGCCCGGGGGACGCAGCCGAUGUGCAGAAACAACCCUUCUUCCGCCACAUCAACUGGGAGGACCUGCUGGCACGCCGGCUGGACCCCCCCUUCAAACCCUGCCUGCAGUCAGAGGAGGACGUGAGCCAGUUCGACACCCGCUUCACCCACCAGACCCCCGUUGACAGCCCUGACGAUGCUGCCAUCAGUGAAAGUGCCAACCAGGCCUUCCUGGGCUUCACCUACGUGGCCCCCUCAGUGCUGGAAAGCAUCAAGGAGGGGUUCUCCUUCCAGCCCAAGGUGCGCUCACCCCGACGCCUCAACAGCAGCCCCCACACCCCCGUCAGCCCUGUGAAGUUCUCUCCGUUCGAGGCAUUCAAGCCGGUGGUCCCGGGGGAUGCCAUGGAGCUGGGACCUCCCCAGGCCCCCCCACCCGAGGGCACGGCCCCCCUGCCCAUCAAACCCUCUGGGGGGGCCAAGAAGCAGAAGGGGGGCCGGGGGCGAGUGCCCAGGACAGGGGUGUCAGAACGAGAUGACAUCGCAGGAUGGUGACAUCGCAGCACGGUGACAUCAGAUGGGAGGGGCGUUGAGAUGACAUCAGAGAGUGCUGACAUCGCAGGACAAGGCUGUCACAAGGAUGUGAUGUCACAGGGCAGUGACAUCUCGUGGCAGUGGCAUCAGGGGGUAGCGACGUCACAGUGAUGACGUCACAAGGCAGUGACGUUUGGCCGCGCGUCCUCCCAGGCCGCUGUCCCCGAGAAGGAGUGCAGGUCAC